UUGGGAGUUCCCUUCCAAAUAACCAGCGAACGCGGCUACCAAAAAGAAAAUCGAAGGCCGAAGCGACAGGGCACGUUCAUUUCUUACUCAUUCUCCUUUCCCGCGCAGAAGAAAGCAGGACUCUGGACUUCACUCCAGAGCCACGGGGCUCUUUCAUCUUCUAUUUUUCGUCUUUAUUAAUUGGUCGGCAUUUUGAACUGGCAAUCACGAGAUGAGCUCAGAGUUGCAGGAAUUGAUCUUGAAAGCCCACUUUUGAAUAUCCACGCCACUUUGCGGGAAAAUAUCUGCUCAUUGUGCACGUGUUCCUGCAUAUGGCUUCUCAAGCAUUGUUUCUAUUGACCCUCUUCCAUUAGGCAGAGGAAUCACACCUAUGCCUCCGGAAACUUCAACGAGCUCGGCUGGUGGUAAAGAGGGAUCAUCGGGUGCUUCUUCCAAGAAGAAUUCCAAGAAACCCAAAUAUUCUAAAUUUUCACAGCAAGAACUUCCUGCAUGGAAACCAAUUCUAACACCAGGAUGGGUCAUUUCUACAUUUGCUUUUACCGGAAUCAUUUUCAUUCCAAUUGGCCUCGCAUCAUUAUCUGCAUCAGAAAAGGUUGUGGAGCUGCCAUUUCGGUAUGACCACCAAUGCAUUCCUCCUGAUUAUAGUAACAAUGCAGAAGCUUAUAUUAAAAGCACUACUACCAACAAGACAUGCACUGCGACAUGCAAAGUUGAAAAGACAAUGAAAUCCCCAGUUUAUGUCUACUAUCAGCUAACUAAUUACUUCCAGAACCAUCGCAGAUAUGUUAAAAGUAAGAGUGACAAUCAACUGCGGGAAAGGUCUGCUGAGGGGGAUACAGACGCUUGUAAACCUGAAGCCAGAACACCAGAUGGUCAGCCGAUUGUCCCUUGCGGACUCAUAGCUUGGAGUCUGUUCAAUGACACAUACAAAAUAAAAGUAAAGGACAAGGAUUUGGAGAUAAGCAAAAAGAACAUAGCAUGGCAGAGUGAUCAGACCAAAAAAUUUGGUUCUGAUGUCUACCCAAAAAAUUUUCAGACCGGAGAUCUGAUUGGGGGUGCAAAACUCAACGAGAGCAUACCUCUGAGUGGACAAGAGGAUCUAAUUGUUUGGAUGCGGACAGCAGCAUUGUCCACUUUCAGAAAACUGUAUGGAAAGAUCGAGACCGACCUUGAAGCUAAUGAUGAGCUGCUCCUAGUGAUUGAGAACAAUUAUAACACGUACUCUUUUGGUGGCAAGAAGACCCUGGUUCUGUCAACCGCAACUUGGAUUGGUGGAAAGAACGAUUUCUUGGGGUUGGCUUUUAUUUUUAUUGGCGGUCUGUCCUUGUUCUUCGCUGUAGGCUUCUUACUUAUGUAUGUGCUCAAGCCAAGACCUCUUGGGGAUCCAUCCUACUUGUCUUGGAAUAGAAAUCCAGGAAUGAUCAAAUAAGGAGGUAAUAUAUACGGGAAAUUCUCCCGCUUUAGGUGAUUUAGUAGUUAUCCAUCUUCCUGCGUAACCGACUUCUUUGCGUGGCAAAGGAUCUGUCGUAUCUGAGGUUCGUACUUGACCACGUUAAACAACUCGUGACUAUGAAUGUCGCAUAAUAUUUUGCCCCAUUAUCGAUUUGUUUGAUAGCGGCUCCUUAAGGAACAAAAAGUGCUGGAGUCAACAGAAUGAGGAGCGAAGUUGUUAUUCAAGACAUUAUGUUUCAGUCACCAUCUUGCUUAUUUUCAUUACAGAGGACAGGGCGGUGCUUAUUUUCAUUUCCUGUUAAGUCAUUAUUUGUUGAAUGUUAUCUUACAUUAUUUUAUUGGGAAUAAUACUUUUUGUGAGGGUAAAAUAAGCCCAAUGAGAGAAUCAAAAUUACUAUUUGAACCAGCGGCGCACUUUUUUCUUCUUUUUUCUUUGUUCGUGGGUGCGGCAAAAUGUAUCAGACAUAGAUAAAUUUCUUUCA